GGGGCCACAGCCUUGAGUGUCAUUCAAGGGACAGCACCACCUCACCCUCGCUCUCCCACCUCUGCCCCGCCGUCCCUCUCAUCCUCCCCCCCGUGUCUCGUCCACACUCCAUCCCGAGAAGAGGCAACGCGCCGAGCGGAGCUGGGAGGAAGGCGAAGUCUGCUCUCCUCACCCCCGUGCCCCCCCACCCCCCGUGCCUCCAUCCUUGUUCGCGCCCGCAUCAGCCCCUCUCCUCAGCCCUCCAAAGGAGCCCCCUACCCCCUGGAACUGAGGCGACCCAGCCCACUGCCAUGUCCAAAAGCUUGAAAAAGAAAAGCCACUGGACUAGCAAAGUCCACGAGAGUGUCAUUGGCAGGAACCCGGAGGGCCAGCUGGGCUUCGAGCUGAAGGGGGGCGCCGAGAACGGACAGUUUCCCUACCUGGGCGAGGUGAAGCCCGGCAAGGUGGCCUAUGAGAGCGGCAGCAAGCUGGUGUCGGAGGAGCUGCUGCUGGAGGUGAACGAGACCCCCGUGGCGGGGCUCACCAUCAGGGACGUGCUGGCCGUGAUCAAGCACUGCAAGGACCCCCUCCGGCUCAAGUGUGUCAAGCAAGGAGGAAUUGUGGAUAAGGAUCUCCGUCACUACCUCAACUUACGAUUUCAGAAGGGUUCUGUGGAUCACGAGCUUCAGCAAAUCAUCCGUGACAACCUCUACCUCCGCACGGUACCAUGCACCACAAGGCCACAUAAGGAGGGCGAGGUCCCUGGAGUGGACUACAUCUUCAUCACCGUUGAAGAUUUUAUGGAAUUGGAGAAAAGCGGUGCUCUCCUGGAAAGUGGCACUUAUGAAGACAACUACUACGGUACCCCAAAGCCUCCAGCAGAACCAGCACCAUUGUUAUUAAAUGUAACAGACCAGAUACUUCCAGGAGCCACUCCAAGUGCUGAAGGCAAACGGAAGAGGAAUAAAUCAGUGAGCAACAUGGAGAAAGCAAGUGUAGAGCCUCCCGAGGAGGAAGAGGAAGAGAGGCCUGUGGUCAAUGGAAAUGGAGUAGUGGUAACGCCAGAAUCCAGUGAACAGGAAGACAAGAGUGCAGGUGCCUCAGGGGAGACCCCCUCCCAGCCUUAUCCUGCACCAGUGUACAGUCAGCCUGAGGAGCUGAAGGAGCACAUGGAGGAUACAAAGCCAACGAAGCCUGAAGAGAGUGAGGACUCGGACCCAUUGCCUGAUAACUGGGAAAUGGCCUACACAGAGAAGGGCGAAGUCUACUUCAUUGACCAUAACACAAAGACAACAUCAUGGCUGGAUCCACGACUUGCGAAAAAGGCUAAGCCUCCAGAAGAGUGCAAAGGAAAUGAGCUUCCAUAUGGCUGGGAAAAAAUCGAUGAUCCCAUAUAUGGCACUUAUUAUGUUGACCACAUAAAUAGAAGGACACAGUUUGAAAACCCUGUCCUGGAAGCCAAAAGGAAGCUACAGCAGCAGCAUAACAUGCCCCACACAGAACUUGGACCAAAGCCUCUGCAGGCCCCAGGUUUCCGAGAAAAGCCACUCUUCACCCGGGAUGCCUCCCAGUUGAAGGGAACAUUCCUGAGCACCACCCUAAAAAAGAGCAACAUGGGGUUUGGAUUUACCAUCAUUGGCGGAGAUGAGCCUGAUGAGUUUCUGCAGGUGAAAAGUGUGAUUCCAGACGGGCCUGCUGCACAGGAUGGAAAAAUGGAAACAGGUGAUGUCAUUGUCUAUAUUAAUGAAGUUUGUGUCCUUGGGCACACUCAUGCGGAUGUUGUCAAACUUUUCCAGUCUGUUCCUAUUGGUCAGAGUGUCAACCUGGUGUUGUGUCGUGGCUACCCUUUGCCCUUUGACCCUGAGGAUCCUGCUAACAGCUUGGUGCCACCCCUUGCAAUAAUGGAGAGGCCACCUCCAGUAAUGGUCAAUGGAAGACAUAACUAUGAAACAUAUUUGGAAUACAUUUCUCGGACCUCACAGUCAGUUCCAGAUAUAACAGAUCGGCCGCCUCAAUCUUUGCACUCCAUGCCAGCUGACGGUCAGCUAGAUGGCACGUAUCCACCACCCGUCCAUGAUGACAAUGUGUCUAUGGCUUCGUCUGGGGCCACCCAAGCUGAACUUAUGACCUUAACCAUUGUGAAAGGUGCCCAGGGCUUUGGCUUCACUAUUGCCGACAGUCCUACAGGACAGCGGGUGAAACAAAUACUGGACAUUCAGGGAUGCCCUGGACUGUGUGAAGGCGACCUCAUUGUCGAGAUCAACCAGCAGAAUGUACAGAACCUGAGCCAUACAGAAGUAGUGGAUAUACUGAAGGACUGCCCCGUUGGAAGCGAGACUUCCUUGAUCAUCCACCGAGGAGGUUUCUUUUCUCCAUGGAAAACUCCAAAGCCUAUACCAGAACGAUGGGAGAAUCAAGGCAGUCCUCAGACGAGUCUAUCCGCUCCCGCCGUCCCGCAGAACCUGCCCUUCCCACCCGCCCUCCACAGGAGCUCCUUCCCUGACUCAGCAGAGGCCUUUGACCCGCGGAAGCCUGACCCCUAUGAGCUCUACGAGAAAUCUAGAGCCAUUUAUGAAAGUAGGCGUCCCGAUUACAAGGAACUAGAUGUUCACCUUCGGAGGAUGGAGUCUGGAUUUGGCUUCAGAAUCCUUGGAGGAGAUGAGCCCGGUCAGCCUAUUUUGAUUGGCGCUGUCAUUGCCAUGGGCUCGGCAGACAGAGACGGCCGCCUGCACCCAGGGGAUGAGCUUGUCUAUGUGGAUGGGAUUCCAGUGGCUGGCAAGACCCACCGCUAUGUCAUCGACCUCAUGCACCACGCAGCCCGCAACGGGCAGGUUAACCUCACUGUGAGAAGAAAGGUGCUAUGUGGAGGCGAACCCUGUCCGGAGAAUGGGAGGAGUCCAGGCUCUGUGUCAACCCACCACAGCUCUCCACGCAGUGACUACACAACCUACGCCAACAGCAACCACGCAGCCCCCAGCAGCAACGCCUCUCCCCCCGAAGGCUUCGCCUCCCACAGCCUGCAGACCAGCGACGUGGUCAUUCACCGCAAGGAGAACGAGGGAUUCGGCUUUGUCAUCAUCAGCUCCCUGAACAGGCCCGAGUCCGGAUCCACUAUUACUGUGCCCCAUAAAAUAGGCCGCAUCAUUGAUGGGAGUCCUGCAGAUCGCUGUGCAAAACUGAAAGUGGGAGACCGGAUCUUAGCCGUGAACGGCCAGUCCAUCAUCAGCAUGCCUCACGCUGACAUCGUGAAGCUCAUCAAGGACGCAGGUCUUAGUGUCACCCUUCGCAUCAUUCCUCAGGAGGAGCUCAACAGCCCGGCCUCGGCACCCAGCUCAGAGAAGCAGAGCCCCUCGGCCCAGCAGCACAGCCCCUCGGCCCAGCCAAGCCCAGCCACCCCCAACAGUCCCGUCGCCCAGCCAGCUCCUCCUCAGCCACUGCAGCUACAAGGACAUGAAAGCAGUUACAGAUCGGAAGUCAAAGCAAGGCAAGAUGUGAAACCAGACAUCCGACAGCCUCCAUUCACAGACUACAGGCAGCCACCCCUGGACUACAGGCAACCCCCAGGAGGGGACUUCCAGCAGCCCCCGCCCGUGGAGUACAGACAGCCUCCCCUGCUGGACUACAGGCAGCACUCCCCCGACACGAGGCAAUACCCUCUGUCAGACUACAGGCAGCCCCAGGAUUUUGACUAUUUCACUGUGGACAUGGAGAAAGGAGCCAAAGGAUUUGGAUUCAGCAUUCGUGGAGGAAGGGAAUACAAGAUGGAUUUGUACGUGCUAAGAUUGGCAGAAGAUGGGCCAGCAAUAAGGAAUGGAAGGAUGAGGGUAGGAGAUCAAAUCAUUGAGAUCAAUGGGGAAAGCACAAGGGACAUGACACACGCCCGGGCCAUAGAGCUCAUCAAAUCCGGAGGAAGAAGAGUGAGGCUGCUGCUGAAGCGAGGCACGGGGCAGGUCCCGGAAUACGACGAACCCAGCGCCUGGAGUGCUGCCGCUGCCGCCGCCCCAGGUCUGCCGCAAGUAGGCGUCUCCCUGGAAGACAUCCUCUCUCCAUUCUCUCCAUCACAUCCAGCCCCACCCUCCGACCCUUCCCUCCAGAUAGGCCCAGACCCCACUUGGGAUAUCAAAAGGGAACACGACGUUAGGAAACCAAAGGAGCUUUCAGCCGGCGGCCAGAAGAAGCAGCGCCUCGGGGAGCAGAGGGAGCGCUCGGCGAGCCCGCAGCGGGCCGCGCGGCCGAGGCUCGAGGAGGCGCCCGGCGGCCAGGGGCGGCCCGAGGCCGGCAGGCCCGCCUCGGAGGCCAGGGCGCCCGGGCCCGCGGCGGCGGACGCGGCGGACGCGACGCGGGCGGGCGGGCAGGAGGGUCUCCGCGCCGCGGCGGCCCCGGAGCCCGGCCGGCGCGAGGCUCCCGGGGCGGCGGCCGCGUGCGGCGGCGUGGGCGGCGUGGGCGCGCGGGAGGCCGGGGCGGGCGCGCGCGCAGGUGCCCGGCCGGGCCCGCGGCCGCCGGGGGUCGCCCCCGCGCGCAAGGCCUCGGUGGCGCCGGGGCCGUGGCGGGUGCCGGGCUCCGACAAGCUGCCGGGCGCGCUGAAGCCCGGCGCCUCGGCCGCCGGCAGAUGA